AGAGACCCCUCAUCGAAGGAAAUCCUCCUUCAUCUAGUUCCCCUUAAAUGACUCGCUGUUUCUUUUUAUUUCCUGCUUUUUCUAGUAAGUUACAACUAGGGCUCCACUUCUACUUAAAUCAGAGUAAAUACACCUCGGCUUCCACACGCACGACACGGUGAACAAUACUUUUCAGUGCAGCUACUAUUCUUUUGCAAAAAUCACAUGAUACAUGAUAUUGAAAGAAGGUCUACUUUUUCACUACGGCUACUAUUCUUUUGCAUGAUACAUGAUACUUUCUCCACAUAGCCAAAAUUCCAAAAAAAAUAACAUAGCCAAGUUGUGGUCGGACAAAAAAAUAAUGGACGCUCCUGGUCCCGCAAGAACGACUGCAAGCUCAUGAUCAGCUUGCCCGGCAAGAGACUCGCUCAACUUCCUCUACCAAGAAUAUUAGGUCGUCCAUGGAGACGAGUACCAGGUCGUCCAACAUGAUGGAUCAUCGCGAAAGUACGGAAGAUGAGGAUGUCGCAUUCGCGAGCAUCAAGGCUCCGAAGCUCCUUCCUUUAUUAACGUUAAGGCUUACUUAGUACCAAUUUGCACAUCAUAGAUACACAUACAUUGGAGAGGCUUACUUAGUGCAUCAUCAUUGGAGAUGCAAAGGGAAGAAAACUGAUGCAUAAUUAACAUGCGGUCUUUUAUACCCCUUGACUGGGUACACUACUACUACUACUACUCUACCUCUAAUUAUAACGACAUCCGGGUGCUGGCAUGGAACUCGAGUUGGGUUCGCCCAAUGGUGUCAGCAGUUGCCGCCCAUUGAUGUGGAGCAUGUACGCGAUGAAAUGGGUCACCAUCAUUAAGGGUUGCUUUUUAUCUUCACUAAUAUCCCAUGAAGAUGUGGACUCUUCUGCAACUGAGUGGAAUCACCCGUGAUCUGGAGGGGAAAAUAAAGGGGGAGAAGGUAGGCCAACUUACUCAAAUAGAUAUGUGAGGACUAUAGUUGUCAAGAUAUAAUUUGAUGGGGCUGCUUUUUAUAAUACAGUGAAUGUGGACCUGGGAUAGUGAAACACUACACAUCUUCUAACAUGAAGAUCUCGAUAUUGAUGCGAUCAAGAGAGUGCUGUACGCAAAAUUCGCCGAGCUCGAAGAGACCGAUGAAAACUGGCGUGAGCCGGUUAAUUUGGAGCCAGGGAUGCUUCGCGGAAUUGAGGAGGACCUCCAAGGUUGUCGUGGAAAUGCUCGGCUGCAUGCCCUGGACGAGAUGCCAAGUCCACAUCACAUUCUCUAUUUCUACAUGGUACAGACCGUCCUUCGCGGAGAAUUCUUGCGGGUGA